AUGGCUUCUUGCGUCAAUACCUUGGCCACCAAGGUUGCUGCCGGGCAGCUUUGCAAGGCCUUUGGCAUCAAGUUUAAUACGAACCCACAAGUCGUUCAGCUAGCAAAGAAUGCCGGGUUCGAUUCGCUUUUCAUCGAUUUGGAGCACUCGACGCUGUCCAUUGACGAUGUAAGCCAGUUGUCUGUUGCUGGGCUGCUCGCAGGCAUCACCCCUUUUGUCCGAGUCCCACACCAGUGUGGCAAUGGCUUCGUCCAGAGAGUCCUGGAUGGCGGUGCGAUGGGCGUGAUAUUCCCACAUAUACACUCAUCUCAGGACGCGAAAGCUGCCGUUUCUAUUUCCAAGUACCCACCGGCGGGUUGCCGAUCGAUGACCGGCCAGCUGCCGGUAUUUUCGCUCAGACCGAUGCCGCAAGACCGAGUCAUUGAGGAAAGCAACACAUCCGCUUCGUCAGUCAUCGUGAUGAUAGAGACGAAAGAUGCCGUUGAGAAUGUCGACGAGAUCGCGGCAGUCGAGGGCGUCGACGUGCUCCUGGUCGGAUCUAACGACCUCUCUAUCGAAUUAGGUGUUCCAGGAGGCUUCCAGACGCCUGCUUUUCGCUCUGCUUUGGAAUCGAAUUGGGCCAUCAACACGCUACAAGUCAGAUACAUGCUUUGCGCAAUAGACUCGAGCCUCAUUGCCAGCGGCGCUACAAGAUGUAUUGCUGCACUGCCCGACGUCGAAAAAGAGAGAUAA